UUUUUUUCCGUAUCGUUCUUUCCAAUACAUGCAACGUUUCUGUACAGCCUCUUUUUCAAUUUCAUCCAAGUAGUAAGAUUACAAGUGAUCUAUUAACUGUUGUGGUUGUUGCUCGCUGUUUCUUGUUAUCACAAACAUAAACAUGCGUUCGUCAUAUUCUUCAUCAUGUUUAAGGUGUGUCUCAUCCCACUCCUUGACUCUUCCAAACCCCUCCUCCUCUACAUCAUUAUCAACAAAAGCAUCAACAACACCAGCAAUACCAGAACAACGCAUUUCCUCGAAUCUUUCUUCUUCUUCCUCCACAAACGCUCACAGCCUCCGUCACACACAACAUCGGCUUCAUCUCUUUCUUUUUAUUGCCUUCAGUCUGUGCUUGUCUCUGUGUGUUUCACCUGUGGAAUCAUCUGUCACAUCCCAAAUUCAUUCCCCCACAUCUGAAUCCAUUCCAGCCAUUGUCAUUCCCGAUUCCACCUCCGUCAAGUCCUUCGAGCGUCUCUCUCCAAAUCAUUUGGUUGUGCCAGCCUUGGUUCCUGAGGGAAUUGACACUGGUGCGACUCGAGAGCAAUCUCUGGAACGCCUUGCUGCUGCUCCUCUUGCUGCACCCUCUGCUGAGGCAACUUCUAUAAAACCAUCCGCCACAUCGAAAUCAGGCUCUCGGCCCACUAUGUCUUCAUCUCCUUCCUCUUCCGUUUCUUCUACUGCUACCUCACCAGUUUCUGCCACUAAUACGCCCCUGGCCGAUCCUUCGGCGGACACGGCCCUCUUUGGUCGUCCUUCCGUUGUCGGAGCCUUCAAUCUGACCUCGGGUAUCCUCAUCUAUAGCGCCUUUAUGACCAUCUUCAUCAUCACCAUUGGGGCCGCGACUAUUAAACGUGCACAGUAUCGACAGCGGUUCCGUAGAGCAAUUGAGAAGCAUAGUGGUGCUCUUGAGACAGGUCGCGUAGCCGCCGGCACUGGUGCCGCUGUUGGCAAGAGAGGAACAGUUAGGGAAGGGAAAGGAGGUAGUGGUGCUAGAUCUGGUCCGUCUACUAAUAACGGUGCUAGUCGUGGUGGUGGAAGCAGCAGUGGUAAUAGGACGAUGACUAGCCCCAGAGAAAAGGACGCGCGUGAUAUAGAUCUUUCCAAGCAGACUUCGAUCAGCCGUCGGGCGUUGAUGGAGGACGUUGGUCCUGGAGGAAUGCAACGACAGAACUCUACUCGUCCCCACGAUGCUGAACCUAGCAGAACUGGUCGUCAAGAUCGAGCUCACGCAGGUUUUAUCCCUGGUGCUGGCGCCCGGCCUAGCGAGAAUAAAAACCGAAGUGGUGGCGCUUCCAAUACUGGUAAUGGUGGAAGAACUGGAAAGCCGAAUCAUCAACGAUCUGCAUCCAGAGGGGCCAAUAACAACUACAGUCGUGGUGGACUAGAUCGAACUCUCAGUGAAUCAGCAGGUCGCUCACGUGCGACUCGUGAACGACGUGAACUUGAGGAUGCCGAUGAUGAUUACUACACUGGAGGGUACUCGUCAGAAACGGGUGCACCUCAGAUCCCUCAGCCGACACACCAGCAGGCACGUCCACUCCAGCCAGUCAGGAGAGCUGAUUCGAAUCGCAUGAACGUAUCCAAUACAUCUUCCGCUGCGUCUACAUCAACAACGAGAGGUCCUUCUCCCUCUGCCCGUGCAGCAGCAGCAGCAGCAGCCGGAGUAGAGCGAUCAGGAUCGUCUUCUAGGACAAGGAUUGCAACCCAGGGUGCUGUUGGCCGCACUGGAUCCAAUCACUCUUCACGAUCGGCUUCAAGUGCGGGCUCAAACGUAAACUCUCCUAUUGAACGAAACAAUAGUAAUGGUUAUGGUCGAUACGGUGGACGAGGAGCAUCCCCUGUUGCACAGAUCGAAAUGGACAAUUACCCGACACCGAUCGCUCGGUCGAACAGCACCAGAUUACCAAAGGAUAGACGCGGAACUCCUCAGCCCUUUUCACCAUCUGGUCUUGGACACGAUCAAGGCUAUUAAAAAAAGAAAAAAGGAAAAAAACAAAAAAAACAAAAAAAAAAAA